AUGGAGGACCUACGAUCCUGGGCUGCCGUCGUACUCCUGGCCUUCUUCUCCCUCCUCUUCAUCAUGAAGCUCUUUGCGUACCAUCAAAUCAGGCCCAACCUCCCGCCCAGCCCCAUGGCGUUUCCGGUCCUCGGGCAUCUUCACUUACUCCGCUCCACCAUCCACCAGUCCCUCUACAGGCUCUCCACAGGCCUCGGUCCCCUGUUCCAUAUCCGGCUGGGUUCCGUCCCGUUGCUCGUGGCCUCCGACGCAGCCACAGCCAGAGAGUUUCUCAGGGACCACGAACUCUUCUUUUCCGACCGGCAAAGCUCCAAAGCUAUCUCUCACCUGACCUACGGGGGCCGUAGCUUCCUCUUCGCGCCCUACGGCGACUACUGGAGGUUCAUGAAGAAGCUAUGCCUGUCCGAAUUGCUGGGUGGUCGGAUGUUGGAGCAGCUACAAGGGGUCAGGCGAGACGAGAUAGGAACGUUGUUGGAGAUGCUGCAACAGAAGGCAGAGAGGGGAGAGAAGAUGGAUGUCGGGGCGGCGCUCACGAGGCUUACUAACAACGUCAUCUGCGGGAUGACUAUGGGAAGGAGGUGCUCCGGAACGGACGGCGAGGCCCAGCAAGUGAAGAGAAUGGUGGAGGAGACGGUGGCGCUCAUAGGCACCCCCAACGUGGCGGACUACGUGGGAAUCUGUAACAAGCUCGACUUGCAACAUCUCAAAUCAAGGUACGAAGACGUACAUCGCAGGUUUGACGGUUUGAUGGAGCGAAUCCUCAAGGAGGAGGACGCCCUGAGGACAAAGAAGUCCGGCAAGACGGGGGCCGACGGCGUUUUCCGGGGUCUCCUUCGCGUACUACUCGACAUAUCUGAAGACGAGGGUGCGGAGAUGAGGCUGUCGAGAGAGAACAUCAAGAGCUUCAUUCACGUAACUGCGAUCCACCCUCACCAUCUUCGUCCGCUUUCCAUCGACAUUUUACGGUCCUCCGUGCACCUGGGUUUCACGUUCCAUUUUCUUUGGCUUUGAGGAGCAAAGUGGAUUAGUGCGCCACUAAGGCCGUUUUUAGAUAAACUGAAGUAGUAGUUACUCCCUCUCUGAACAGGAUCUAUUCAUGGCCGGCACGGACACGACGUCCGUCACAAUGGAAUGGGCCUUGGCGGAGCUGAUAAACAACCCGGCCAUCCUACAGGACGCAAGGCGAGAGAUCGACUCGGUGGUCGGUGGAUCCAGGUUGGUGGAAGAGUCCGAUAUUCAAAACCUGCCCUUUCUCCAGGCGAUCGUCAAAGAGACGCUCAGGCUCCACCCCGCCGUUCCAAUCCUCCCUCGCCAAUCAAAUGCGCCAUGCAAGUUCAGGGGAUACAACAUCCCGGCGGACACGGGGAUCGCGAUCAAUGUUUGGGCGAUCGGGAGAGACCCGAACCAGUGGGAGAACCCGCUGGAGUUCAGGCCGGAAAGGUUCACGGCCAAAGGGCAGAGUUUCGGUAUUGACGUCAGAGGCCAGCACUACCACUUCUUACCUUUUGGCAGCGGCAGGAGGAGGUGCCCUGGUUUAUCCCUGGCACUGCAGCUGAUUCACACAACCCUGGCGAACGUGAUACACUGCUUCGACCUGAGUGUCGAGGGCGGGGUGGUGGAUAUGACGGAGGGGUAUGGGGCGACCUUAUCUAGGGCUCACCCGCUGGUUUGUACACCCAAGGCCCGGCUAACUCCCGUCCUUUCAACACUGGCCAUCAGCACCAGCACCCCGGACGAGGCUUCCUUUUAG